AUGGUGAACCGACAUAAAAGAACAUUAUCACGACACCAGCUUGGAUCAUCUUUGUCUAAAGGAUAUACAGCUCCUCCAGGGAAGAAUAUCCCUUUAAACGAUGAUUUUGAAGAAAAACAACAGAGGCGGAAAGAACGCAAUGAACAGGAUGAAAAGAAUCGUCAUAUACUUUUAACACCAUAUAAGCAGACUAAAUCAAAACAGACAAAUACACCAAGUACAGCUGAUAAGACAGAUGUAUCCUUAUCUGGAUUUACACCUAUUCCUAAGGUUCCUGUUCUUGCUAAUUUUGAAGAAUGGAUGAAAAUGGCUACAGACAAUAAAAUUAAUGCAACUAAUAGUUGGAACUUUGCACUUAUUGACUAUUUUCAUGAAAUGUCGUUUUUGCGUGAUGGAGAUGGUAUUAAUUUUCAAAAAGCAUCAUGCACACUGGAUGGUUGUGUUAAAAUUUAUACAUCAAGAGUUGAUUCUGCAGCAACAGAAACAGGAAAACUUUUAAGUGGUCUGACAUGUGGUGAAUCAUCAAAAGUACAAGAUAACCCUACAGAUGAUGAUAUCAACAUGGAAUUUGAAAAACAAAAGAAAACUAAAAACAAAUCUGAAGCAACUCUUGUUAAAGAUUUUUCAGCUUUGCAAGUUAAAAAAUUUGAUUUGGAGUUUUCUAUUAAUCCUCUUUUUAAGAAAAUAUUAGUCGAUUUUGAUGAAGGAGGCGCAAAAGGCCUGUUAUUGAAUCACUUAUUUAUUGAUCGUCGUGGAAAGGUUAUUUUUGAUGCUGAUGAUGCUAUAUACGAUGAAGUUGAAUCUGUUCAUACUAAUGAGAGCCCCCAGGAUAUUGAUUUAAGCAGUCUUCAGGGUAUUUUCCAUUUUUGCAUAAUUCAAGAAUUUGACUUUUUAGAAAAAUUUAUUCCUAUUAUGUCUAAUUUAGAUACUGAUGAAAUCUGUCCAUCACUUAAAAAUUUUGAUUUUGGAAUGAAUUCAUCUUUUCCUGUCUCUUCAUUGAAAGUUCUUGAAGAUUGCAAUGAAGAAAAUGGAAAGUUUUUGAUUGAUGAUAAUGUUUUAAUGGAUGAUGGUGGGUUUGAUGAUGAUGACAGUGAUAAUAAACCAAUUCUUAUGGUUACGGAAGAGAAUAAUCAGGAUUCUCAAAUAUGUAAUGUCUGGGGUGAAGACUCUUUAUUAAAAAAGUUAGAGAAACAUAAUGAGGAAUCAGAUCCGUUAAAAGUAUGGAAUGGAAAUGAUUUUAGCAUUGCAAUGGAUGAAUCAGAAGAUAAAAUUUUUGAAUAUUUUGACCAGGCUUUAAGAAGGAAUUGGGCAGGACCAGAACAUUGGAAAAUACAAAGGUUACGCAAAGAGAAAAUUGAAAUUACUGAACCAAAAAAACAAAGAGAAAAGAAAGAACCUUUUUUAAUUGAUUUUUUUGAUAAACAACCAAUUGAUUUUCAUGCAUUAUUUUCUCCAGGAGGAGCAACUAUAUAUCUCCCUAAAACACAAUGGAUAUCAAAAAGUCGAAAUCUUUUACCUGACGAUAUAUAUUUUAAUUCGAAACAGCUUUUAAGUCUUUUUAUAAAACCUAAACCAAAAAUAUUUGGAAAAUAUACAAAUUCUCAGAAUCUAGAGGUUGAUAUGAAUUCUUGGGUUAAAAAUAAUGAUAAUAAUGAACAUAAUAAAGAUUCAGAACAAUCUGCUUAUGAUAUUAAUUUUUUUAAUGAUGAUCAUGAUAAUGUAAUGGACCAAGAUAUUCAUGAUGAUGAUCAAUUUGUGGAUGCAAAGGAUGAGAUAUUUUCGAAUGAGGAUGAAGUCAAAACAGAUGCAGAAAUUUUCAAUUCAUUUAUUACAACUUCUUUUAAAACUAAACCAGAUCAGUUAAAUUAUGCAAAAAUAGCCAAAAGAGUAGAUGUUAGGCAAUUAAAAGAUAAUAUUUGGGCUGAAUUAAAGUUAGAAAGUUUGAAUAAGAACCGUACAUCACAUGCUACACUUGUAAAAACAGAAAGAAAGUUUACAGACAUCAUGAAAGGUCUGAAAAAAGUUUACCCAGAGAAAGAAAUGGCGGAUAUAUCUACUAGUUUCUGUUUUAUAUGUUUACUUCAUUUAGCAAAUGAAAAAGGACUAAUUAUUGAAAAUAAUGAAGAUUUAACAGAGCUGAAGAUUACACUAGACACAACAAUAGAACGUGUUUAG